CCUCAUUUCUCGCAUCAAUUCAGCCUCCACCGCUUCACCGCAAAUCCCCCUGCCAUGGUGAGUAUCAUUGUCAAAAUCGGCCUCUCGGCCGUGGCCCUCCUCGCUGUGCUCUUCCAAGUGUGCCUCAAAGACGCGGUUUGGCUGGGCUUAGGGAUCGGAAGGACCAUCCAGCCUCUCUCCGACUUCCCGUACUCAUGUCGGAGGAUUGCAGAUACUCGCAUGGAGGCUUGCGAAGAUAUGUGGCUGUCCGAGUCAACUCGCCAGCUGUUUCUCGCCUGCUCGGAUCCUAUCUCUCGGUCUCACUGGUCGCCUAGUGUCGGUGACUUUAAUCUUACUGGUCGUUCUAAAAGAGAUGCCAUGGUCGUAUUGGACAUUGACAAGCCUCUUGAUGAUGGAUUUGAGCUGCGAGUCGUCAAGACGCCGGGAUAUACCGGAACGGCGGGUGACGGCUUGCUGAGCCUCGCAGGGUUCUCAGGCACCGACAACAUUGACCAGGGUACAAUUGAGUUAUUCAUUGUCAACCAUCGUCCUUCGGUUGACGCUGAAACUGGCGAGUUCCUGGACCAUUCGGCUGUUGGUGGCAAUUCCACCAUUGAGCUUUUCGAGACCGGACCAGACGCUACCGAGCUGAGGCACCUCCACACUUAUGUUAGCAAGCACAUCGCUACACCAAACCGAGUUGCUGCCGUAGGACGUGAUUCGUUCUAUUUCACCAAUGACCACGGGCCAAACAAGCUUGGACUGCAACACCUCCUCUCACCUAUCCUCAGCACAGGGGAUGUGACAUUCUGCAACAAGGCCGGCUGUAAGCCAGUUGUUGGAGGACUCCAGUUUCCCAACGGCCUUUCCAUGGGCCAAGACGGGCUAUUGUACGUCCCCAACUCCCUGCCAGGCACCGUCGGGGUCUACCGCAUCCUGCCGGACAACGGGCUCGAGAAGGUCGACGAGGUUUUCCUCGGGUUCAGCAUCGACAACCUGUCCGUCGACAAGCACGGAGAUAUUUUCGCAGCAGCGUUUCCUGUGGGCAUUGACAUAUUCAAGGCCUACAAGGAUCCGUACAAUGCCCGUCCCCCGUCUGCGGCUCUGCGUAUGCGAAAGGACGAAGGCGGCUAUGUCGUUGAGAAAGUCAUCGAGGAUGCAUUUGGUGAUGCACUCCCUGUGGCCACCACUGUGGUUCAUGACGUCAAGACCGGGCGACUGUUUUUUACGAGUGUUAUUGCGCCGUUCAUCACAGUCUGUGAGCCGAAAAGCUAGUGUGAAACUGUACAUACCUAAACUAGAGGACUGGUGUUCAUAGACGUUGAUUUCGAGAAAACGUAAAUACCCCACUCAACAUCUAAUUCAAAUCCAUAUAAUAAAG